CCCGCUUCCGUGUAUCUAUCCGCCCAUUCCCCGCCAUUGCAUCCCUGCUUCCCCAACAAUGCCGUCCUGGAGGCAGCGCGCGCGCGGCCUCCGGCGGUGCUAGCUAGAUCCGCGGCCAAGCGGGGUACAGGGCAGGGGACCUCGAGCGGCGAACAGAAAGGCGUGGCCGCCGGGACAGGCGGGGGCGUCCAAUGCACGACCACACCCGUGCCAGGGCGUGGGAGGCGACGGCGCGCAAGGUGCAGCCCGUGGGCAGGCGCCGGGUGUCCCCGAUGUCUGCCGCGGACGACUCCGAGACGGCGUCGUCGUCGUCCUCCUCCUCCUCGCCCGCCGGCGACGACGCCGACCACGUGGACCGCGGCCUCCCCAACGGCGACUUCUACACGGGCCAGUGGCGCGGCGGCGCGCCGCACGGGAACGGAAAGUACCUGUGGACCGACGGGUGCAUGUACGAGGGGGAGUGGCGGCACGGCAAGGCCACGGGGCGGGGCAAGUUCUCCUGGCCGUCGGGCGCCACCUACGAGGGCGAGUUCAAGGACGGCUUCAUGGACGGCUCCGGCACCUACACCGGCGCCGCUGGGGACACCUACCGGGGCUCCUGGUCCGCUAACCUCAAGCACGGCGACGGCAACAAGAGCUACGCCAACGGCGACCAGUACGACGGCGAGUGGCGCGCGGGGCUGCAGGACGGCGCCGGCCGCUACACCUGGCGCAACGGCACCGAGUACACGGGGCAGUGGCGCGCGGGGCUCAUCCACGGCCGCGGCGCGCUCGCCUGGUCCAACGGCAACCGCUACGACGGCGGCUGGGAGGACGGCUCCCCGCGCGGCCAGGGGACCUUCCGCUGGGCCGACGGCAGCGUCUACGUCGGCUACUGGACGCGCGACGCCCACACCGGCAUUGUCCAGCAGAAGGGAGUCUACUACCCGUCCCCGGCGGCGUCCUCCCCGACGGCGCGCGAUCCCCGCGACGUGUUCGCCAGGGACCUUCCGGGUUUCCUGGGCGCCGGCCCCGACACCGCGUCGCCGCGCAAGUCACGCGCGUCGUCUGGGACCAGGGCGCCCAACGGGCGGCCGAGCUCAGUGUCCGGGCUGAGCAACAGCUCCGGCGGCGACAGGAAGUACGACAAGAUUUGCAUUUGGGAGUCCGACGGUGACAUCACGUGCGACAUUGUGGACGGGCCUGCCUUGGGGGACGAGGCGGUGACCGCGCAGAGGAGCGUGAGGACGGACGACGGCGGCGGUGACGACCGGGGCCUGCCGCCACCAUCGCCGGCGCCGCACGUCACACAGUGGUUGCCUCAGCGGGAGUCCAAGCGACAAGGGGAGACCAUCGCCAAGGGACACAAGCACUACGAGCUUAUGCUAAACUUGCAGCUCGGGAUCAGGCAUGCAGUGGGGAAGCAAGGCCCAAUUGUGCUCGAUCUGAAAUCGUCUGCUUUCGACCCAAAGGAAAAAGUAUGGACGAAGUUUCCUCCUGAAGGCUCAAAAUGCACCCCUCCCCACAAUUCUUGUGACUUCAGAUGGAAGGAUUACUGCCCCAAGGUCUUCCGGACGCUGCGCAAGCUGUUCAAGGUGGAUGCCGCUGACUAUAUGUUAUCACUAUGUGGAAAUGAGGCUCUCAGGGAGCUUUCAUCUCCUGGUAAGAGUGGAAGCUUUUUCUACCUAACUAACGAUGAUCGGUACAUGAUAAAGACGAUGAAGAAAUCCGAAGUGAAGAUGCUUCUGAAGAUGCUCCCGGCUUAUUACAAUCAUGUCCGGGCAUUUGAGAAUACUCUAGUAACCAAGUUUUUUGGUCUACAUUGUGUCAAGUUAGCUGGAGCGAAUCAGAAGAAGGUUCGUUUUGUCAUAAUGGGAAAUCUAUUCUGCUCGGAAUAUCCAAUUCAUAGGCGUUUUGAUCUCAAAGGUUCAUCUCUUGGCCGCACAACUGAUAAGCCACAGACGGAGAUCGAUCAGUAUACAACUCUGAAGGAUCUCGACCUGAACUUCAUCUUUAGAUUGAAGAAGCAAUGGUUUCAUGAGUUCCAAAGGCAAGUGGACAGGGAUUGUGAGUUCCUUGAGCAGGAGAAAAUUAUGGAUUACAGCCUUCUUGUUGGUGUACAUUUCAGAGAAAACACAGAGAAGCUUCUGACUGAAGGUUCCAUUGACUAUGAUAUCAUCAACAACGUACCAACACCUCGUCUUUCAAGAGGAAAUACAGAUCGGUUUCUUGCUGAUCCAAACAGGUCUCCUAAAACCAAGCUCGGGGCCAACAUGCCUUCACGAGCUGAACUCACCGCUCGCAAGAGCGACUGCGAACCGCAGCUGAUCGGAGAGCCAACCGGGGAGUACUACGACGUCAUACUGUAUUUCGGAAUCAUAGACAUACUCCAAGACUACGAUAUCAGCAAGAAGCUCGAGCACGCGUACAAGUCUUUCCAGCAUGACCCGGCCUCUAUAUCGGCGGUGGACCCAAGGCAGUAUUCCAGACGGUUUAGGGAGUUCAUAUACAAAGCGUUCCAAGAAGAAGACGGCUAGACAGACAGCUGCAGACACACGGUGAAGCUUUUUUUGAGAUGCCGCCGCAGGCUCCAUGUGGAGGUGAGCUUUCAACUGUCAAUGGAAAGCUGGAGCCGGGCACGAACGACAGAGCAACGGAUGGCUGCUGAGCGUCAGUGGAAGCUAUCCGGGUGGCAAGAGCUGCUUCAAUGCAAGACGUACGGCUGUUAUCAUCGUCUGCCUGUAUAUAUAUCUAGCCAUAUAUAUACAUACUUACAUACAUACAUAUAUAUAUAGCUCAUCGCUAAAAUUUUGUAGUGUAGGAGAUCAUACAUAGAUUCAGCUCACAGAUAGAAAGACAGGCGCGCAAGCCGGUCAGGAGAUGUAAUUUUUUUUUUCACCCGAGGCACACAAUUCUUUUGCUAUUGUCCUGAUUGCAACCUCUUAACUUAAACCCUUGGGAGAUGAGAUCGCUGUAAUGUACAGAGUUUUUGGUGACCUAGAACUAGAGGUGAUAGCUCAGUUUUGUUC